AUGACUCAGGCUGGCAGCGGCGCGGACGACCUGGACGGGUGGAGAGCAAGCACACAAAAGUGUCUGGGCAAGUCCCUCUGCUACCAGCUCCCGGCCCUCCUUCUACCAGGCGUCACCCUGGUCAUAUCGCCCCUCAUCGCGCUCAUGCACAACCAGGCGGAGCAGAUGCCUGCGGCACUGACUCCUGCGGUUCUAUGGUCGGGUCAGAGCUCCAAGGACGCAGCAGCCACCUUAGAAGCCAUUGCUGCUGGAAAGCACAAGGUCAUCCUGGUGAGUCCAGAGCGUGUGAACAACAUCCAUCUGCUGAAGGCACUCCAGUCUCAUCUACCCCUCUCUCUGGUUGUGGUGGACGAAUGUCACUGCGUCACCGAGUGGGGCCAUUCCUUCCGGCCUGCAUAUUACCGGCUUGGUGCGGCGCUGAAGCGGAUGCUGCCUGCAAAGUCUCUCCUGGCUUUGACCGCCACCGCCACCAAGCUGACGGAGGCUGCCAUCUGCCAGAGCCUCGGGAUUCAGACCACCCUGCGAGAGACUUGCUUGCGUGAGAACUUGCGUCUGCACGUCAAGGUCAACACCUCAGGCAUGGCAGAGACCAGAACGUCGUACAUCCUUUCCCUGGUAACCCCUGGGUCAGCCCUGGCCGACACUUCCUCGAUCCUCAUCUACUGUGCCUUUCGACAUGAUGCCGAUGUUCUUGCAGCAAAACUUCAGGCUAUCGGCCAUCGUGCCAAGUCUUACCACGCAGGAAAACACUACAAGGAGCAGGAGGGUCACAGUCGGGCUGUGUACGCCAUCGCCUUCCAGGGGGAUGGCGCCCUUGCGGCGACGGGUGGCAUGGAUGCCACUGGCAGGCUCUGGGAUUUGCGGACAGGUCGCAACAUCAUGAAGCUCGAGGGACACGUGAAGUCCAUCCUAGCGGCAGAUUUCAGCCCAAAUGGGUACCAUGUGGCGACAGGAUCCGAGGACAACACCGCACAUGUGUUUGACCUGCGGAAGAAGGGUACCCUCACCAUCCUCCCAGGUCACACGUCGCUGAUCUCUACUGUCCGCUUUGAGCCGAUCACGGGUAGCUACCUUUUGACGUGUGGGUACGAUAAGGUCAGCAAGCUGUGGGCCGGGCGCACUCUGCGGCUGGCCAAGACUCUGGCAGGCCACGAUGGGAAGGUCAUGGCCGGCGACAUCAGCCCAGAUGGGGCCUGCCUCAUUGCAACCGCAGGUUAUGACCGCACGCUCAAACUUUACUCACCGGAUGCUCUUGCCCUUUCCAUUUGA